AACGCCACCCUCAUUACUACUUUCACUUUAAACAGUAAACGGUGGCGUUACAGAGGAACAAGAGAACACUUUUAUGCAUCAGCAUCUGCAUUUUUCUUUUGGAGUAGUGGAAAUGAAGCUUCUCUUUAUUGUGCUUUCUGUGUUCUCUUUAUUGUUUUCGUGUUUGCGUGUGUAUGGUGUAUCUGGCGCUGAUAGAUUCAGUGUGUCCGUGUUUGUGAUGGAGGGAGAUUCAGUCACUCUACACAGUGAUGUUAAAAUAAACCAACAAGUAGAUGUUAAAUGGUAUUUUAACUGUAUUCGCAUAGCUCAGAUUAUUGGAGAUCAGAGUAAGAUCUGUACAGAUGUUCAGUGUAAUGAAGGUACUGAGAGUUUCAGAAACAGACUACAGCUGGACAAUCAGACUGGAUCUCUGACCAUCACAAACACCAAAACCACAGACUCUGGAGAAUAUAAACUACAGAUCAUCAGCAGCAACAUCAAAGAAAAGAUCUGCAAUGUUACUGUUCAUGAUGUUCCUGCUGAUGAACAAAAUGAAAUGAAGAGGAAGUCAGUGAAGGAGGGAGAAUCUGUCACUUUAGAUCCUGGUGUAAUAAAAAAAAUAAAUGAUUCAGUGAUGUGGUAUUUUAAUGACACUCUCAUUGCUGAAAUCACUGGAGAUCAGAGUAAUGUCUGUACAGAUGAUCAGUGUAAAGAGAGAUUCGGAGACAGACUGAAGGUGGAUCAUCAGACUGGAUCUUUGACCAUCACAAACACCAAAACCACAGACUCUGGAGUUUAUCAUCUACAGAUCAACAGCAGAAGCAGCAUCCGCCGUCGCCACCUCAGCAUCAGCAGUGUUAGGAGAUACAGUGUUACUGUAAUUGAUUCAGGUUUGUCUGUAGGUGCUGUCGCUGGAAUAAUUGUUGGUGUUGCUGUUCUGCUGGUGGCUGCAGCUGUAACCUCUGGUGUGAUUUACCGUUGUCGCAGGACCUAUGCACCAUCAGAACAGAAUGAAAAUUAUGUAGAUUUUCUGUCUAUUGAGGAGUGAAUUGUUCCUACACUAGCAGGUGACACUGGAUGGUUUGCUAAUGCAGCUUGUGUCAAGCUUUUUUCUUCUUGAUACGGUAGGUCAGAAUCAACAAACAAACACGGUGAGUCCUGGCUUCUGUUAUUGUCAUUUGCACUGCUGGCCAC